AUGCCGCAGCUUUCGCCGCCGCUGGAGAGGUCAUCGGCGCAUCUGCUGAUGAACCCCUGGAAGAAGAAUGCUUUCAUCAUCGCUGUCUCGCUGUUCUACCUGGUGGGCCUGUUCGAUCUCUGGGACGGGGUGCGGACGCUGCUCUACUGCUCUGCGGGAGCAUAUGCCAUCGCAUACUACGUGGAUGGCUCGAUAAUGCCCUGGGUUGGAUUCGUGUAUCUCAUCGGUUACAUGUCUGUCAGCCAUAUCAUCAGACAGAUAAUCAAUGACCCGUCCACCGUCGACGUUACCGGUGCGCAGAUGGUGCUGGUCAUGAAGCUGAGCGCAUUCUGCUGGAACGUACACGACGGUCGACUCCCAGACAGCCAACUUACCGAUGCCCAGAGACAUGCAGCUAUCAGAAAAUUCCCCAGUCUGCUUGAUUUUGCCGGAUACGUGCUGUUCUUCCCUUCCCUACUGGCUGGCCCGGCGUUUGACUACGUGGAAUACAGACGGUGGAUCGAGACCACCAUGUUUGACCUGCCGCCAGGUGUUGAUCCGUCAAAGGCUGCGCCAACCCGUAAGAAGCGCAAGAUCCCUAGGAGUGGGCGGCCUGCUGCCCUGAAAGCAGCCAUGGGAUUAGCUUUCGUCGGUGCUUUCAUCGUGUUCUCGCCCGUUUAUACCACUAGUCUGUUGUUGAGCGACGAGUAUGCCCAAUACGGAUUUUUCAGAAAGAUAUGGGUCUUGUAUGUGUUUGGGUUCGCCGCACGCUUAAAGUAUUAUGGUGUAUGGGCUUUGGCUGAAGGUGCCUGUAUUCUGUCCGGAAUGGGAUACAACGGUGUCGACCGCAACACCGGCCAGGUAUACUGGAACAAACUGGAGAAUGUCAACGCCUGGGGUCUCGAGACCGCUCAGAACCCUCAUGCCUUCCUUGCAAACUGGAACAAGAAUACAAACCACUGGCUGCGGAACUACGUCUACCUUCGAGUCACCCCCAAGGGCAAGAAGCCUGGGUUCCGAGCUAGUCUAGCUACAUUUGCAACAAGUGCCGUCUGGCAUGGCUUUUAUCCUGGCUACUAUCUGACCUUCAUCCUGGGCUCCUUCGUACAAACAAGUGCCAAACAUUUCCGCCGUCAUGUCCGUCCAUUUUUCCUAUCGCCUGACGGCACUAAGCCGACUUCUUUCAAGGUAUACUACGACGCCGUGAGCUGGCUCGCCACUCAACUUACCAUGAGCUUCGUCGUUGCACCAUUUAUUCUCUUGGAUUUCACCGACUGCAUCACCCUCUGGGGUCGUGUCUACUUCUACAUAAUAAUAGGCAUAGUGGCAACUCUUACCUUCUUCGGCAGCCCAGCCAAAGCCCAACUAACCAGAAGACUGAACAAACGCAACAAGAAGGCCACUGGAGCAGCAGCAGCACCAGCACCAGCACCAGGAAAGCCCUCUGAAAGAGAAGCCGCAAAUGAAGCUGCAGCCGCCAAAGCUAGAGAAAAGGCUCAAGCUGAUGCCAGAGAGUUACGGGCCGGCGAGACUCCUUACACCGAGCAACCUCUCGGUUUACCCAAUGAUCUGGCACAGGACGUCGAGGAUGCCGUGAAUGAAAUGAAGAAGGAGAUUGAAACCAGGCGACGACGAGGAAGCCUAGUCACGAUGCCUACUGGCGCCGAGUUGAGGAUUGCACUGGAACAAAAACUAGGAAAGGCACUCUCCGAUAUGCAAUCAUGA